AAAUGUCUCCAACCGCUGGGCCAUUCCCUCCAGUUGUUUCCACACUCUCUCUCUCUCUCUCUCUCUCAUUGUCAUAGCUUUUUUUUUUUUGAACUGUCACUAAAGAGACCCCUGAAACCCUAAUAAAAGCAGCUUGUCUUCAACAUUCUCUACUCCCUUUCUCAUUCACUCCCUUUCUUUUUUUCUUUUUUCUCUCUCGUUUGGUUUGGGUCCCUCGGCCUGCAAACCCAGCAAACUCAACCGGGUCAUUAUUAAAUCUUCUAUAGUCAGCAACGCCUUCACUCUCAAACCCAUUUCUUUUUCUUCUUCUUCUUCUUCUUCACUCGUCGCCUCUGUCUCCACCCAACGAACAAACCACCUUCUUUUCUCUCAUGGCAUCUCGCUCUUUAGACGACGCUGAGUUUUGGCUUCCUUCCCAGUUUCUUACUGACGACGACGUUUUAAUGGGCAAGGAAAAUUUCGACAAGAAUGGUGUUACUUCUGGUACAGAUAAUGGCUGUUUUGGUGGACAACGGCCCUGUGUCAAUGGCUUCCCAACUGAGUUUCCCUACGAGUUUGACUCGUUUGGUUCUAACUCUGCUCUCAGUUCGCCUGUCGAAUCUGUGGUAAGUUCUACCGAGACCGAGAGCUCUGACGAGGAAGACUUUUUCGCUGGAUUGACUCGCCGGUUUGCUCAGUCUAACCUCCGCGAGGCUCAGAAACCUGCGGCCCCCUGUUUGAGCCAGGAAAAACCAGAGUGGGUUUCGUCUGGGUCACCUCAGUCUAUUCUGAGUGGAAUCGGAAGCUGGUCUGGUCGUAGUACGAUUUCAAGCAAUGGAAGCCCAAAUGGUCCUUCACAAGUUGUGUCGCCCCCGACGACGCCUUUUGGAGCUAAGAAUGAUACAUGGGAUCUGAUAUACGCAGCAGCUGGGCAGGUUGCGAGGUUGAAGAUGAGUGGUGAAGACGCCAAGAUGAGUCAACAAGGUAGAGGGCUUUUGGGUCCUCCUAGAACUCCUAGCCCUCUUCCAUCUCUGAGAAAUCCCAACUCUGGACUUUACUCUAACCAGGGUCUCUCCCAAAAUAUUGCCCAGUUUCAAGCUCUGAAACCGGACAUAGCAGUUAAGCCACAGGGUGCUAAUGCAUGGGGAAGACAAGUCAAGGCUUGCUGGUCAGCUCAAGCACAGGCUCAGGUUCAGGUUCAAGCUCAGGCCCAGGCUCAGGCACAUGCACAUGCACAGCAGCAGAACCACCAUUAUUUCCAGCAACAGGUCCAAAACAGGGGAAGGAACAAUGGCUACGAAAAUGGCAGGUGCGGGCGUGCUCUGAAUUUGUCCCAAUCAGCUUGGCCCUCUCUUCAAGUUCAAAAUCAAAACCAACUUCCAAACAGACCCGCCAUGGGAGCCGCUGCUCCACACACUGGAUCUGGAGCCAAGAGAGAAUGUGCUGGAACUGGAGUUUUCUUGCCUCGCAGAUACAGCAACCCUCCCGAGUCACGAAAAAAAUCAGCUUCCCCAAACGUUCUACUCCCUGCUAAAGUAGUCCAGGCUCUUAACUUAAGCUUUGAGGACUCAAAUGGUUAUUCUCAACCUCGUUUUGGUUGUAAUAUUGCUCCAGAUCAUGAAGCUUUAAUGGCGAGAAGAAACGCUAUCUUGGACCAGCAAAGACGAAGUUUGAGGCCUGAAGUGGCACUAAAUCAUGAAAUACGCCUUCCUCAAGAGUGGACUUAUUAAUUAAAGAGGAGCUGAACAUCAGAUAUAUUUUUUUAUCUCAAAAAGACAACAAAAAAAGGGACAGAAUUCAGAAAGCAAGUGUAAACGUUUAGAAGUGUUAUAGUGGUAUUUGGGUUAUAAGAUUUAUUAUUAUUAUUAUUAAAUUAUGAAAUUCAAAAUUUGCGUGUAGUUUUAGGGAGCAAUAAGAAAUCCAGGUUUUUUCUUUUUUGGGAUGUUUAAGUUUGCAAUUGUCAUUAGCCUUAGAUGAAGAAAAGAAUAUAGUAAUAGUAGUUUAGGAGGAAGAAGAAGUAGAAGACGAUGAAGAAGAAGGGUGUUCUUUAUUGUAAUAAGUGGGAAAUUUCUUCCAACGUUCAACGGAAGAAAAAGGUUGAAAAUAGCUGGAACUUUAGGGCAAGUUUUGGCCAUUUUGGGGUAUAGGUAAAACUUUUUAAAGUUUGUAAUGGGAGGGAAUCAACAUUCCUCUCUCUUGCUGUAAAAUUGCCCUUGGAGGGUUAUUAAAUUUGAAAUAAGAAAAAAGUCUUUAUUA